AUGGCCAAAACUUCCAAGCCUCCCAGACUAUACGUGCAUAACCGCCAAGCGACCUCCUGCAAUAUCUCCAUCUCUGGGGAUGGGAGAUGCCUCGUAUCUCAACCUAGAGACCUGCAAGUUCGAUGGCCUUCAUCUGCAUUGCUCGACGACUCUAUGGACAUCGAUAUUGCACCACAAGAAAUUGCGGAACCGCAAGAAUCUCAAACUGAUGACUCACAGCUGGAACCUCAGGCAGGGCUGGAGGGGAUUCAUGUGGUGACACUGGGCAGAACGAAACGCUACGAGAAUUCAGAUGACCCGAUGAGAACAUGGAUCCGGCAUAGAGAUGACUACCUGGCUGAGGUCUUACAUCUUGAAGGCCGAGGGCCCUCUCAUUCCAACAUUUGCAUGCUCUGUGAUGCGGAAGCAGACUUCUUUUUUUGCUGCAGAGAUUGCUGUGCCAGCGACGUCCUCUGCCAGCAGUGUAUUGUUAGCCGCCAUCUGCGUUCUCCAUUGCACGCCGUCGAGUUUUGGACAGGGACGUACUUCAAGAGGAAUAACCUGCAUGAGCUUGGACUUGUCGUGCAGCUCGGCCAUAGGCCGAGCAUCCUCUGUAGUCUGCAUGAUGAACCACAUUCCAUCACUGUCCUGCAUACAAACAGAGUUCAUACCAUGAAGGUCACAUUCUGUGCAUGCUCGGGCGUGCCAGAGCACAAGCAGUUUCUACAGUUUGGGUGGUGGCCUGCGACACCUCUGGAGCUGCAGUCCUGCACCACCAUGCACCUCCUCCAUCUUUUCCACACUCUCAACCUUCAAGGGAAGGUUACGGCAUACGAUUUCUACAAGUCAUUGGAGCUGAUGAUGGAUAACAUGGGUCUCCUGAAACUUCCGGAUCGCCUUCCUGCCUUCAUGCUCAUGGUGAGGCAGUGGCACCACAUCAAAAUGGCUAAGUGUGUGGGCCAUAGCUAUGACAGCGGAAGUAUCAGCUCCACCAACCCUGGGGGUUUGGCCGUCCAGUGUCGAGCCUGCCCGCAUCCUGGCAUCAAUUUACCUGAUGGAUGGGAGGAUUCUUCUAGUGCAGAUAGAUGGCUAUAUACACUCUUCGUCUCACACGAUGCCAAUUUUUGCCUCUCAAAUCAUGUGCAUGCUCGUGACCAGCGAGACCUCUGGCUUGCACCCAGCAUGGCGUACUUCGUCCACAACGAGCAAUAUGCAGAUUUCAUCAAGAAUUUCGUCAAUCAAGAGGAGAUCUGCACCUGUGUUGGGUUCGCCGUGCUGAUGAAUGCUCUGAAUCGAAAGGCGAAGGGCUUGUGA